AAAGCAAAGGGCCUCCGGGGAGAAGGGACAGAAAGGAAAGUGAAACCUGCCCGGCCAGACUUUCGCUUUCGCUGCCUCCACGCACCACCCAGGUGGCCCUGCUGUCGCCCUUCGCGCUGGGGGCCCUGUCGCUGCGGGCCCAGAGCUGACCCCCAGCCCUGCAUCCCCGAUGGCCGGCGACCCCUGGCGGAGGGAGGAAGGGAAGGUCCCCGACGGCGACGGCGGACGACCCACGGCGGGGGCCGGGGGUCCCCUGCGGCUCCGUGACUGGCUGGUGUUGCAGGUCGAGAGCGGGAGCUACCCGGGGUUGCGCUGGGAGGACGAGGGCAAGACCCUCUUCCGCAUCCCCUGGAAGCACGCGGCCAAGCAGGGGUACCAGGCGCAGCAGGACGCGGCGCUCUUCAGGGCCUGGGCCAUACACAAGGGCAAGCACCUGGAGGGCACUGACAAGGAGGACCCCUCUACCUGGAAGACACGGCUCCGCUGUGCUCUCAACAAGAGUGUGGACUUCCGUGAGGUGCGUGAGCGCAGCCAGCUGGACAUCUCCAACCCCUACAAGGUCUACCAGCUUGUGUCGGACAGUGCCCAUGGCCCAGUUUCCAGGGCUAGUGCUUCCUCCGAAGAGGAGGGCGUUCUCCAGAGCCAGCAGGAGCCCCUUAGAGGAGUGAUGGAGUCCGCCUGCAGGACAGACCAGGCUGGCUCUGGAUUAGCCACCAAGGAUGAGGACAGGGAGCAGCCCCCCAGGCUGGCCCAGCAGGGCUCAUUGGCACCGGCUGCCUGGCUCCUAGGCCCUCUGGCUGACCACAGGUACCAGGCUCAGGACCCCUCACACUUCUGGAGCCCUUUGCCCUCUGAGGACUUCAGCAACCCCGAUUGCUGGCUGCACGUGCGACUGUUCUAUGGGGCGGAGCUGGUGCGGGAAGCCACCGCGCGCACAGAUGGUCGUCCAGAGCCCGAGUACCAGAUCCGUCUGUGCUUUGGCGAGGAGUACCCGGGCCCCCCAGACCAGCCCCAGGAGCGGCUCAUCAUGGCCCAUGUGGAGCCAGUCUUUGCCCGAGAGCUCCUCCUGUACGCGAAGCACCGCAACCACAGUGCCCCGGUGGCGGUGGCGAGGCCCCAGUCCCCACACCCCUGA